CGGAAGUGCAGUUCUCUGCACGGCCCGUGGGGGGGAAUGUGGCGCAAGAGACGCGGUGCUACGCUGUGUGUACAUACGAACUUCUGCCUUAAAAAAAAAUCAAUAAAUAGUUUUCUUCCGUCUUUUUUUGUAAGUUUAGGGGAAAUUCUGCCAUUUCUGAAUACAACCCUGCAGGGAGUACCGCGCAUCAAGCAUAAAAUGCCUCGCAGACGACAGAGACAUAUGGUCGGGAGCGGUUCGGAUGGAACUGAAGACUCUGACUCCUCCGCUGAAAGGGAACAGACCAACAGUUCAGAGAGUGAUGGCAACGUGUCCAAGAGACAGCGCCUCACCAGAGCCUCUACUCGCCUUAGCCAAAGCUCUCAGGAUACUCCGGACUUGAAGCGGGCCGCCGACCACGACGACGAGUCUCCGCCACUGACGCCCACGGGAAACGCCCCCUCUUCUGAAUCCGAGCUGGACAUCUCCAGCCCCAAUGCCUCCCACGACGAGAGCCUGGCCAAAGAUCAAGCCAGCAGAGACUCUGACAAGGACCUGCCCCACCGACCCAAGCGCCGCCGCUGUCACGAGACCUACAACUUCAACAUGAAGUGCCCCACGCCGGGGUGCAACUCCCUCGGUCAUCUCACAGGAAAGCAUGAACGCCAUUUUGCAGUAUCAGGUUGCCCUCUUUACCACAAUCUUUCUGCUGAUGAAUGCAAGGUAAAAGCCGUCAGCCGCGAGAAACAAGAGGAGGAGGUGAAGGAGGAAAACAACUCGCGCCACGCCACUCGCCACCAGACGCCGACGUCGAAACAGAGCAGAUACAAAGAGCAGGUGUCUGAGAUGAGGAAGGGGCGGAACUCGGGCCUUCAGAAGGAGCAGAAGGAGAAGCACAUGGAGCAUCGGCAGACGCACAGCAACACCAGAGAGCCUCUGCUGGAGAACAUCACCAGUGAAUAUGACCUGGAGCUCUUCAGAAAAGCCCAGGCCCGUGCAUCUGAAGAUCUGGAGAAGCUGCGUAUCCAGGGCCAGAUCACCGAGGGCAGCAACAUGAUCAAGACCAUCCUGUUUGGCCGCUACGAGCUGGACACCUGGUACCACUCGCCGUACCCCGAGGAGUACGCGCGCCUCGGUCGCCUCUACGUCUGCGAGUUCUGUCUGAAGUACAUGAAGAGCCAGACCAUUCUCAGAAGACACAUGGCCAAGUGUGUGUGGAAGCAUCCUCCUGGAGACGAGGUGUACAGAAAAGGAGGCAUUUCUGUGUUCGAAGUCGAUGGCAAAAAGAACAAGAUCUACUGCCAGAACCUGUGUUUACUCGCCAAGCUCUUCUUGGACCACAAGACGCUGUACUACGACGUCGAGCCCUUCCUCUUCUACGUCAUGACGGAGGCUGACAACACCGGCUGCCAUUUAGUGGGCUACUUUUCCAAGGAGAAGAAUUCCUUCCUCAACUACAAUGUGUCUUGUAUCCUGACGAUGCCACAGUACAUGAGGCAGGGCUUCGGCAAGAUGCUCAUCGACUUCAGCUACCUGCUGUCCAAAGUAGAGGAGAAGGUGGGCUCCCCGGAGAGGCCUCUGUCCGACCUGGGCCUCAUCAGUUACCGGAGCUACUGGAAGGAGGUGUUGCUCCGAUACAUGUGCACCUUCCAGGGCAAGGAGAUCUCCAUCAAAGAGAUCAGCCAGGAGACCGCCGUGAACCCGGUGGACAUCGUCAGCACCCUGCAGUCCCUCCAGAUGCUGAAGUACUGGAAGGGGAAGCACCUGGUGUUGAAGAGACAGGACCUGAUAGAUGAGUGGAAAGCAAAGGAGAUCAAGCGAGGCCACAGCAACAAAACCAUCGACCCGAGCUCGCUGAAGUGGACCCCCCCCAAAGGGACAUGAGCACUGCCAUCCUCCGGCUACUGAAUAAACUCAACUCCAGCCUAACCACAAGUAGCCUAAGACCUACAAACUGUCAACAAAGACCAACGUACAUUCUUUUUCAUGAAGGUUCUUCUUUUUUUUUUUACUUUUUGUAUUUUACUUGUCAUUUAGGUUUUAAGCUCCAAACUUUCCAAGUCCAGUUAUUCUCGACUUAACCAAUUAACAGUAGAGAGUUUCUUUUUCCUAUUUGUUUUAAAACUGCCUUCAUCUAAUAAGCUUUGAAUGUUAAAUGAUACACGGUCCAGUGUGGUGCGUAACAUGAAUGUUUGCUUUGCUCAAGCAGAAAAACAAGAAGAAAAAAAAAUAAGACUUACUGGCAUUCAGCAACAUUUUGUUAUUUUUUUAUUUCAUUCAAGAAAUGUGCAUUUUUAAGAUGGUGGUUUGUGUUUGGGCUAAAUACAAUUAUUGUCAGCAUGAAGCGGGUGUAUUUUCAAACAGUACGAUGUAUGGUGACGUUUUCUUUGGUUGGUGUAAAAUUGUAUAGCUUAUAACGACGUGUACUUGGUUCUUGUCGCUCCAUCAGUACAGGACGGGGACCCAUUCCUCGGAGGAACCUGCCAAGCGAUGGAACAGUAAAAAUGACAUUCUGCGUUUGCCCGAGAAUAAAAUGUAAGGAUGCACAUUGAAAUAAAACGACCUCAGGUUUUUAUACCCGUACAAUCCUACCUCGCCUGUGUUGUUCCUCCGAGACGUCGCUCACAGUCGUGGUUGCAGACGGGAUGUCUCUGCUUAAAGAUUCUGUCACGAAAAAAAACCCGGAAAACUUUUCAGUGUUGAUCGUAGCCGUCAAAUGUGUUCUAGCGAUUUGGUAUUUUUAAUAUCAAUAAAGCUGCUUUUGAUAUUUUGGAA